AUGAAAGAAAAUCAUUUAUUAAAUUUAAAGGUAAUGAGGUUAAGUAAACCAAAUAUACCAACAAUAAAUCCAAUAUUAUGUGAAAAACAAGAUUUACCAUAUGAAACAAUGUCAACAUCAAUUGAUAGUACAUCAUUAUCAAUGGGAUCAGUUAAUAGUAGUGGUAGUAAUGAUAAUAAUCAAUUAAUUGGUAAUAAUGGUAAUCCAAUCAAUAUGGAAGGUUUAGGUGUUACUUCAAUGUUACAAUUACAAUCUGGUGUAAUAUAUUUAGGUGAAAUGUUUUGUUGUUACAUUAGUUUAAAUAAUCAUUCACCAUAUCAAGUUAGAAAUGUUUUCUUAAAGGUUGAAUUACAAACAACAAGUUCAAGAAUACCAUUAUUAGAUUCUGAACAACAAUCAGUACCAACUUUUAAUCCUGGUUUUAGUUCUGAUUUUGUUGUUCAACGUGAAGUUAAAGAAUCUGGUGUUAAUAUUUUAGUAUGUGCUGUAAAUUAUACAACACCAGAAGGAGAACAAAAAAAAUUUAGAAAAUAUUUUAAAUUUCAAGUUUUAAAUCCAUUAGUUUUAAAAACUAGAAUUCAUAAUUUACCAAAUGUUGUAUUUUUAGAAGCAUGUUUAGAAAAUGCUACACAAGGAUCAUUAUUUAUAGAAUCAAUUUUAUUUGAACCAAUUGAACAUUUUAAUUCAAAAGAUAUAAGUUUUGAAAAUAGUUUAGAUGAUAAUAAUAAUUUAGAUAAUAAUAAUAAUAAUUUAGAAAAUGAUAAUAAUUUAAAUAAUUUAGAAUUUAAAUUAAAUGAAAAAGGAUUAAUUGAAAAUACAGAUGAAUUAUUAGAGAAUAUUAAACUAACAACAUCAGAUAAUAUUGUAUUUUUAAAACAAGGUUGUAGUAGACAAUAUUUAUUUCAAAUUACACCAAAAGAUAUUGAAAAUGUUGAAAGUAAGAAUUCAUUACCAUUAGGUAGAUUAGAUAUAACAUGGAGAAGUUAUUUCGGUGAAAUUGGUAGACUAAAAACUGCUGCGAUUCAAAGGAAAUUAAAUCAAGAGGAUAUCGAAUGUUCAUUAAUUAAUAUACCUGAUAAAAUUAAAUUGGAGAAACCAUUCUCUGUCAUUGCAAAAUUAUCAAAUAAAUCUAAUCGUAUUUUAUAUCCACAAUUUAUGUUGGUUAGAAAUAAAAUGGAUGGUAUUAAAAUUAAUUCUCAUUUACCAAAAUUAGAUCCAAUUCAACCAAAUUCAAUAAUUCAAGUUGAAAUUGAAAUGUUUCCAUUAAAACCUGGUAUGCAACAAAUUAUUGGUUUGGCUAUAAAAUUAUUAGAUCCACCAGUAAUUGGUAUAACUCCUACUACUUCUUCUUCUCAACAACAACAACCAAUUUCAAAACCAACAUUAGGUCAAGUUUUACAACAAACUCAACAAUCUCAAAUACAACAGCAACAACAACAACAAAAUCAACAAUUACAACCACCUAAAAACUUUUAUGAAUUUAAUGCUGUUGAUACUUGGGUUGAAUUUGCUGAUUCAAAAUUAGUUGAUAUUUAA